AUUGAUAUAACUCCAUUAUCAGUUACCUACUGAUAGUACUCGUGUACUUAGCUAUCAAACGCGUUUGUACUCCGUUGGAAAUGGACGAGGUGUACGGCAGAAAGUACGUUUUAACCGAUUCGGAGAACUUUGAAGAUUAUUUGAUUUAUAUUGGUGUGAACUACUUCGCUCGUAAAAUAGCGCUGAAACUAAGCCAGACUCAUAUUCUGACAAAGAAUGAGGAUGGCACAUACACCUUCCAGUUCAUAUCUCCUAUGGCUAGUACAACUGUCACCUUCACUUCAGGAGUCGAGUUCGAAGAGGUUAAAGCUGACGGAGUUAAGGUAAAAGCGACAAUGACAAUAGAAGAUAACAUAAUGACGCACAUACAGAUAGAUGAAAACGGAAACAUUUCUACACACGUCAGAGAAUUUUUUGCUGACAAGAUGACAGUGACGACAACAGCUAAGGGACUGGAUAAAGUAGUAAAAAGAUAUUACGUUGUACAGGAAUGAGCUGGGUGACAAGAGAGAUACUACAAAUUCUAGUCAAAGAUUUUUAAGAAUAUUGCGAAGUUUAUUCGCAAUGAGACGAUUUUUUUGUCAAGUACUUAAAUUUAAAAUUUAGUUUGAUGUAAUAGGAAUGCUGAUUGCUGAGGGUGCGUUUAGACCAAACGAACAAAGAGCAGAGUAUUAUUUCAGAUAAUUUUAGCAUUGUAAAUACUGUAAGUGUAAGAUCUUUUGUCUGAAAAGAAUUGGAUGGCUAUAAAAAGUAAUAAAAUUAGCAAUAUGCUGGCUUGGCUUAAACACAGUCUUAGGUACUAGAUAUACACAAACAAAAUCCCAGAGUUUUUACAUGUUCGAGCAGAUAAACUUUACGAACUUACAGAGCAGUGAAUUUCAUGUUAAACAUGUUGGGCCUUACUACAAAAACUUUAAACCCUGUUUUACACUUGUCUAAUAAAAUUUUGGCUGCAAAAUGAACCAUAUGUCAACGUCAUAAUUUGUCAUUUUUUUAGACAAGGCAUAAACUGACGUUUAAAAGUUUUUGUGGUAGGACGGGUUAUAUUUAAGUUUCUUUAAAUAAGCACGCAUGUAACUACAUUUUUAAUGUAAUACCUUAUGUAUACUGUUUAGAUUAAGGAUUGUUAGAACAAUUAAGAUCGAUAAAUACUGUUAGCAUAUGAGAUACCUCAUGAUGUUGUACUUAAGUAUUUAACUGAAUACACGUAAGAAGUACACUCUA